AUGGAAGAUCAAGUUGUUGAAGAAGAAGUACAACUAAAUGGAGAAGAAGAAGAGGAAUCCUUUUUCCAAGACAUUGAUAUGCUGCAAAACCAUGGAAUUAAUGUUGCUGACAUAAAGAAGUUGAAGUUAGCAGGAAUAUGCACAAUAAAGGGCAUUCUCAUGACAACUCGUAAACGACUAUGUGCCAUCAAGGGGAUAUCAGAAGCCAAAAUGGAAAAGAUUAAAGAAGCCUGUAAUAAAUUAAUGGAUCCUGGAUUUUUGACAGCAUUGGAAUUCAGCGAGAGGCGUAAAAAUGUAUUUAAAGUAACAACAGGAAGCUCAGAACUAGAUAAGCUUCUUGGUGGAGGAAUUGAAAGUAUGGCUAUAACGGAAGCAUUUGGAGAGUUUCGUACUGGUAAAACUCAGAUAUCACAUACCCUGUGUGUUACUACACAACUACCAGGAGCUAAUGGCUACCCUGGAGGAAAAGUGGUAUUUAUUGAUACAGAAAAUACGUUUCGCCCAGCUCGUUUAAGAGACAUUGCUGAUAGAUUCAAUCUUGAUCACGAGGCUAUGCUGGACAAUGUGUUGUAUGCAAGGGCAUAUACAAGUGAACACCAGCAUGAACUGCUUGAACAUGUUGCAGCAAAGUUUCAUGAAGAACCAGGAGUGUUUAAAUUGCUGAUUGUAGAUUCUAUCAUGGCCUUAUUCAGAGUUGAUUUUAGUGGUAGAGGAGAGUUAGCAGACAGACAGCAGAAACUAGCUCAGAUGUUAUCAAGACUACAAAAGAUAUCUGAAGAAUAUAAUGUUGCAGUAUUCAUCACAAACCAGAUGACAUCUGAUCCUGGUGCUACCAUGUCUUUCCAAGCUGACCCAAAGAAGCCAAUUGGAGGUCACAUUCUAGCCCAUGCUUCCACUGUACGCAUCAGUCUGAAAAAAGGGCGUGGAGAAUUGAGGAUAGCAAAAAUUUAUGACAGUCCUGAUCUGCCAGAAAAUGAAGCAACUUUUGCUAUAUCAACUGGUGGCAUUAUUGAUGCCAAGGAAUAA